AUGAACGUCACUGACUGCACACCCCUCAACAAAAAUAUGGAAUAUUACGAAAAUAGACUGAAGACGUUUGAAACCUAUCCGAAACAAAUGUUACCAGAUAAAUAUCAGUUAGCAAGUGCGGGACUGUAUUACAGCGGCAAAGCUGACGUGUGUGAGUGUUUUCGAUGUCACGUGAAAUUGAGUGCUUGGGAAAGGUCGGACUGUGCAUUGAGAGAACAUUACAAGUGGUCUCCAAACUGCGAAUAUAUAAGAAUAGUAGGCGCUCCUCAACAAAAACCGACCCCAAUAGGCGGAUUUGGCGCGUUUGUAUCAACAACUAGGCCAACACCUUGCGGCUUUGGAGGAUUCAGUUCAACUACAACUGCAGCAAAUUUUACAAUUAAUCGGCUAUCAGGAUACUCGUUCCCAGCUUGCGCAAGCAAUUCAAAAACUGCACAUACGAAAUCACAAACAGGAAAGGAUGAGAAUGAUAGCGGGAAAUUGACGGGACGAAGUCUUGGUGAUAAACCGAUAAACUUACUAAGGAGUCAGAAGGAGAAAGCAGUAUUCAGCAGUACUGUCACUUAG